AUGCAUAAAUACGUGUCCCAGAUGCUUUUAAAAGAAGUACGACGUGAAUUCAAGCUCAAUUUGCAAGAGUCAUUUGUCAGUCUUGGCGGCGCUGUGGGAGAAUCUCUCCAAUCAUCUGGAAAAGCUGAGCGGAUAGCCGUCAGUAGACUCAAAGAGUUGUGGUCUGACAAUCUCAAACGAGUACUGAGUGACUGGCGAUGGCGCGAGUUGUGCGAACAAACUGGUAUGUUAGCUGAAAAGCUGGGUGGUGGUCUAGACGGUAUUUCGACCACAAGUGCUUCACAGAAUGGUUCACCUCGACAACUUACUUCACCAAAUAUCUCGCAUCGAGGUUCCGAUUCCAUCCAUCAUAGACCUCGUAGCAUUAUUGGAGAAUUACAUUCUCCACUCGGAACUCCCUCAUGGCGAGACGACGAGCCUGGCAUCUCGCUUGACUCACCGCCACAACCAUCGGCUUUGGUGCAUCUGCAGAAGUCCCGUCCAAGGUUGCAAAGACGAUCUGGAGGACAGGCAAGACAACCACAGUCGGAAGAGACACCGAUGAGCCGAAGCACUGAUAUUGAAGAAGAGGCUCAAUCGACAAAGAGUGAAGACAGUGGAGGAGCUGGCGAUGUCGCUCCGAAAAAGCAUCCCUCGGAAAGAGCUGGUUUUCGUGCCGCAAUACUACCAGAUGCAGCCUUGUUAUCGCAAGCAGUGUUGCGUUCAGCGGCGGACCGAACGAUGUCCCCGAAACCCGACUCUCCACAUCAUAGUUCUGCUUUGAGCUCGCCUGGACCUUCGUCUUCGCCACGUGCUGCUACGGAAGCCGAAUCCCCUCCUCCUUUGCCGCAUCGAAUGAAGAGUCUUCCUACAGCUGCUCCCUCCCUCCCACCGAAGCCAUCGUCUCGCAUAGGACUAAUCCCGCCUACUUCUCAAGUAGUUGCCGAGCUAAGUGAGUCAAACGAUGAAAAUGCGAACAAUCGCCGUUCUGUUGCGGACAUGGCAAGGAUUUUCGAUCGGUAG